UUUCUCUCAUUCUCCUUCCUCUGCUCUUUUUUUGUCUUCUCACCUUUCUCUCUCGUCUCUCAUUAGCUUUGGUUUGAUAACAUACUCAAUUAAUAGGGGAGAAGCUAUAAUUUUAGUGUACCAUUUUUUCCCUAAUAAUUUUUGCCCUUCAAAUUAGGACUAUAAAUUUGUAAAAGAAAUAAAAAAUAAUUACACAAGUCAGUUGACAUUUCCCUCCAAAAAGUGUAUAAAAGUACUUUCACAACUUACCCAUUAGAUUAUGAUAGAUGAUAGAUGAUAGAUAUUGCACAAGAGUGGCACGAUAGUUUUUUUUUCAUAUAUUGGUUACAUAAUUACACAAUCUAAACCAAACCUAUGAAGAGACAAAAUUAAAUUCGAUGAAAAAGACAAAAUAGAUUGAAAAUUAGUAGUAUGAUAUUCGAAAUAGUAAUAAAUAGUCCAUUGACGGGUUUAGCCCCGUCUCAUUUAGUGUCAGACGAAAACUUUUGAACGCCGAUAGGGUUAAAAUAGGCAAUCUAAGUGGAGACCACCUAUAUUACUAUGCCGACUUCCCGCAAAAACGAAAAGGGAGAAAAGUAGGAAACGGUUGAUUUCAUCAGAAAACCAAAGCUAUUAAGAAUCAGAUGAUUUGAGAUGCAUCUAUUUCGCUAUCAUAGGAGCAUUUGCAGCAUUAGAUGGAAUCAACCGAGGAGUAUGAUGAAUUUCUAAAGAAAGUGGAGAGGACUAUAUAUCUGGACAACAUCUCACCUGCCGUGACUGAACCUGUCUUGAAAGCUGCUAUUGAUCAGUUCGCCAAAGUAAUCACGGUUCAGUUCAUACAUGCCUACCUGCAACCAAAUGGCAUCCAUGCUGCCCUAGUGGAGGUGGAAAACAGAAAUCAGGCAGAAACUCUCAUCAAUGAGCUGGAGAGUGUUCCAUUCAUGAUUGGUGGAAUGCCUAGGCCUGUCCGGGCCCAGGCUGCCCGUAUCGAGAUGUUUGCUGAUCGUCCCAGAAAACCAGGACGUCGUAUACAGUGCAGAUGGGUGACCAACAGGGACCCCCAGUAUGAUGUGGCUAUGAAAGCCCAGAAACUGGUGAAGAAACAUGCUGAAGAAGUUGCAUUCUUGCUCAACGAACAAGUGAAAGAGGAGGAACAACUUGCGAAAAUGCAGAGUCACACUCUGAAUGCUCACCACAAUAAACUUAAGCUGAUUGAGAGUAUUUCUGAUGAAGGAAAACUUAGAAAGCUGGCGCAGAUUUAUGAGAUUGACAUUUGAUGUUUCCCAGUUUUGUCCCUUGCUUGUUUGGUGCAGCUGUUAACUGUGAAAGUUUUUUGUCUCACAUCAUGUCAUGCCAUUUUUUAGAACCAAGUGAAACAUGUUUAGUGACACUCUUGAUUGGUGGCAUGGAAUUCUAGUUUUUGCUACACUACUGUUCGAUAUAGACUAAUGAAGCAUUACUCGAGAUUACAUGUUAAAAAAUUUUCAGUAAAGUUGGUGGAUGAUAACUUUCAAUGCUA